AUUUAUCUCAGAGCUAUUAUGGUACUGAUAAAACAAUCCGAUAAAACUGCACACAUCAUUGUAUCUUUGACUUUCCUUCCAGCAAUGAGCAGAAUACGAUAUGCAGAGAGCUUGGGAUCAGCAAAUCUCACUAUCAAAGAGCCAAACAAGAACCAUAUGAUUUUCUCUAUGCAGAUAAGCCCAAAAAACGUGUUGCCAAGAAUUUUAAUGAAAAGAUACAAUCUAAUGUAAAUAUAUAUGAGUUAUUCAAAUGGAUUACUGCACUUUAAAAGUCAGACUUUUGGUCAAGGUGAGAGAGGUAUACCUGGCGUAGGUUUUAAUCUAACAUCAGAUGGGAAUUAUGAUAUGGUAAACAAAAACCUGAAAAAUGUUGGUGAAGGAACUGCUUCCAGUGAUGCCAUAACAAAUCAUCAGCGUGAUAUAGCAAUAAUUGAUAAACAUGAUAAUUCUUUGUUUGCACGCACAUGACAACAGUCACGUGAUUUUUCUUUGUCCGGCAUGUUGGCCUCCCUCACAUGUAAACAAAUCUCUUCAUCUCACUCAUUUCUGCGCUAUUGUGGACUGUGGACGGAAAAAUGGAAAAGGGGAAGGGGUUGCCAAGUUUCGACUUCCUGCCAUUAUUUAUCAUAAAGGCAAGGAAACAGAAGAGGUCACGAGAGAGAAGAAUGCGAUGGAUUUCUGCGAUAAGCCGAGAUGAUCUGACCGAAUUAAAGCUUCAAAAUGAAAGGGUAUGUAGCCGACAUUAGGUUUUGGGAAAGCAUGCACCAUCGUGGGAUAAAUUUAAUAUUGAUUGGGUGCCGACUCUUAAUCUUGGGCAUACGAAGAAUACAAACACAAUCGAGAUCACGGAAGCGUCAGCAUGGAGAGCUGAGAGAGCAAAGAGGAGAAGACAGAGUGCCAUCGAAAAACAAGAGCAUAAGGUCCCGGAAAAACGGCGAGCUCUCGAUGAUACUGGCAAGCGUGUCUCCGAAAAAAACUUCGUUGAUGAGGAACUAUCACAUCAUGAAGAUGUUCACAGAGAGGUAACAGACAAUUUGUGCCACGAUCGAUUUCGAAGUAGGGUGUUAUGUUCAAACCACGAUGGACACAGAGAGCGACCAAGGUGCCACAAAAACUGAACAGGCAACAGUUGUUGAUGCAGAAACCCAGACGGAAGAGUUUGUUAACAAAGUAAUCGGGCAAGAUGCCACGGAAACUGAACAGACAACAGUGUUUGAUGAAGAAACCCAAACAGAAGAGUUUGAUUAUUUAUUCCAGAGACCGAAUAGUUGUUCACCCCCAGACAUUGAUUUCUUCGAUACAGAUGACAAAAUUCCCUUUUACACCAGUUUACCCACCAAAGAAAUUCUAAUUGCAGCCUUCCAGCAUGUGGCACCUCAUGUUCCUCGACAGUCCACAACACUGAAUAAUUUCCAGCAAUUCGUGUUAGUACUGAUGAAAUUGAGACUUAAGAGGCUGUCCGCGUAAGAACCGAUAAGGCAAAUUUCGGUCUAUCACGGAUUGCCCUGAUUUUUUC